AGUAGCACAUGCAUACAUCUAAUAAAACCUUAAAUAUAAAUUAAUAAAAUGUACACUGUAAAAUUAUUCGCAGUAAUUUUUCUAAUAAAAUUUCCAUCUUAUUCUGCCGGACAAUUAAUCGCCGUCGAAACUGCCGCCAAACUACCCAAAAGACUCGCCCAUUCCGCCGCCUGUUACGAUGAGGACGAUUCCAUUUUCAUAUUUGGCGGUUGGGAAGAAGAAUCCGCGCCAAAUUAUGAAUCCGAUAAAAUUCUACGCUACAAUAUUUCCACCGAUUCCAUAGAAACGAUGCCCACAAUUUUGCCAGUUGGCGUGAUGCACGGCUCUGUGGUGAUGGAUAACCUCGGAAACUUUUAUUACCUUGGGGGAUACACGGUGAAUGAAGAGUCUCGCGCCAUUUUUAAAUAUUCACCGGUAGACGGAGUCAUCACCGAGAUUCUCAACAUGCACCAGAGUGUGGUACAACCAGGCGGCAGUUUUAAUUGGAACGCUACGACGGCAUUCUUUUUCGCUGGAGGGUAUGUUCCCAAGUCCAUUUUAAAGUUUGACACGGAAGCUAACACGAUAAAUGAAGUUGCCGAACUGCCGCUGGAGUUUGAUCAGGUUGCCGUGUUUUGGGAUGACAUUUUCGAAUUUGCCUAUAUCUUCGGAUCCAGACGCAAUUCCAGUGAUGACCCAUCGGAAAUUAUGGAUCGACCAAUUAUCGUUUUCAAUCCUGUCAGUGAAAAUCGAAUCGGGGUGAUAGACCUCACAUAUUCUGCUAUUACUGGACCAACUCGCACAGUUUCUGAUAGCAGAUACGGCUACGCCCUGGGGGGCUUUGAACCCUACGACAGCCUCAUGCGCUUCGACCCGGUCUCCUUCGACGUGGAAUAUCUGCCCGUGACCAACCAUCCCGGUGCGAGUGAAGACGGGCUCACCAAAUUCUGGGGAACCAGCGUCGUUUACGUGGCCAAAUUAGGAAGAAUUUAUUUCUUUGGAGGAUUCUCCACAGGAAGUUCGGGAGAUAUUUGGCAUAACAAAAUUUGGUUUAUUCAGACAAAUUAAAUCGCUUGAUGAAGACAACUGUACGAUAUUUCUUAAUUCGAAAUUCGAGACACUGAUUAUACUUCCAAGAAAAAUAAUAAAAUUCAAAUACAUU